CCAUAGCAGCACUAAAAAAAUUGUUUCAUUUUUCGCUUGUUUCCGCAAUUCCAAACACGGGCUUACGGUUGUGGCGAGGGAAACUCGGAUCAAACAGCACGAGGUCUCUCUCUCUCUCUCUCUCAAGACGCGUAUGUAUGUGUUUGGAGUUUGGCCUGGGUGGUAGCUAGAAUAGGAUAGUAUCUGACUAUCUGUAUCUGUGGAUUGACAUCAUAAUAUCGUAGAAGAUUCAUAGAAGAGAGGUUAUUAUAGAAGAGAAGAGAAAAUGGAAGCGGCGAUGGGGUUGAUGAGACGGAUGCCUCCGAAGCACUCAGAAACUGCUCUCUCUGCUCUCCUUAGCCUCAUCCCCCAACACUCCUCAGAUCUCCUCUCUCAAGUCGAUCAGCCUCUCCAGGUUAUAUGCGAUGUGGAUUAUGGAAAGGAGUUCAUCUUGUGUGAAUAUAACAGAGAUGCUGACUCAUAUAGAUCUCCUUGGUCAAAUAAAUAUCAUCCACCACUAGAAGAUGGGCCUUACCCUUCUCCAGAGUUGAGGAAGCUUGAGAUUGAAGCAAAUGAAGUCUUUGCAAUUUAUCGUGACCAGUAUUAUGAAGGUGGAAUUUCAUCAGUUUAUAUGUGGGAAGAUGAAAAUGAAGGGUUUGUAGCUUGUUUCCUUAUAAAGAAAGAUGGCUCAAAGUCAGGACAUGGAAGGAGAGGUUAUCUGCAGGAGGGAGCAUGGGAUGCUAUACACGUUAUGGAGGUGGGUCCAGAGGAGGAAGGAAUGGCUCAUUACUGUUUAACAAGUACUGUCAUGUUGUCAUUGACUACAAACAACGAAUCAACUGGCACAUUCAAUUUAUCAGGAUCAAUUAGAAGACAGAUGAAUAUGGAUCUCUCGGUGGCAGAUGGUCAUCUAUGUAACAUGGGAAAGAUGAUCGAAGAAUUGGAGGGUAAACUGAGGAAUUCACUAGACCAGGUGUACUUUGGGAAGACAAAAGAGAUGGUUUGCACAUUGCGCCCACCAGCUGAACUUGUGCUAGUGAGACUGCCCGACAGCUGAUGGAUGUACGUUUGGGCCUUGUGCAGUGAAAAUUUGUAUCUGUUAUGCAUCUCUUGUUAUUGAACUUGCGUUAGAUUUUGCGUAAGAUUAGUGAGGAUUGUUUCUUGGAAGGCAAUAUUUUGUGAUUAUGCGGUUUUUUUUUUUUUUUUGGUAGAGUGAUUAUGUAAGAGAACCCCGCAGUUUUGCAUUUCGUUCAUCGUGGCUGUGGACAGAUCAACUUCGGUGCUUGACUGAAAUGUAAAUACUGUAGUUUUUUUCCUGCUA